AUGACCCACCAAACCCACGCAUAUCAUAUAGUCAACCCCAGCCCUUGACCGCUCACAGGAGCCCUCUCCGCCCUCCUCCUAACCUCUGGCCUAGUCAUGUGAUUUCAUUUCAACUCCAUACUUCUCCUAUCCCUAGGCCUGAUAACCAACACACUAACUAUAUAUCAAUGAUGGCGGGAUAUUAUCCGAGAAAGCACCUUUCAAGGACACCAUACACCAAUCGUACAAAAGGGCCUCCGGUAUGGAAUGAUUCUAUUCAUUACCUCAGAAGUAUUCUUCUUCGCCGGCUUCUUCUGAGCCUUCUAUCACUCAAGCCUAGCCCCAACCCCAGAGCUAGGAGGAUGCUGACCCCCUACAGGCAUUACCCCCCUAAAUCCCCUAGAGGUCCCUCUCCUCAACACAUCUGUCCUUCUAGCCUCAGGAGUAUCCAUUACCUGAGCCCACCACAGCCUUAUAGAAGGCAACCGUAACCACAUGCUACAAGCCCUGUUCAUUACAAUUGCCCUAGGACUAUACUUCACAUUACUCCAAGCCUCAGAGUAUUAUGAAACCCCCUUUACAAUCGCAGAUGGGGUAUAUGGCUCAACAUUCUUUAUAGCCACUGGAUUCCACGGCCUUCACGUAAUCAUUGGGUCAACCUUUUUAAUUGUAUGCUUCCUACGCCAACUAAAAUUCCACUUCACAUCCAACCACCACUUCGGAUUUGAAGCUGCCGCCUGAUAUUGACACUUUGUAGACGUCGUUUGACUAUUCCUAUACGUGUCUAUCUAUUGAUGAGGAUCAU